CCGGGCGGGGGUUCCGCGGCCGCGAGCGGAGCCGCCGGGAGCCGACCGGCGCCGGCACGGGCACGGAGACGGGAGGGGCCGCAGGUUUUGCCUUCCCCUCGUGCUGGCUCCCUUCCCUAUGAUGGCUACUGGUGAAGAGAUCCUCCCUGCCCUGCAGGACUCGUGGGGGGACUUCUGGCUCUUCCGUUUCUUUGUUAAUGCUGCUGGCUACGCGAGUAUCGUGGUGCCGGGAUUCCUCCUCAUCCAGUACUUCAAGAGAAGGAAUUACCUGGAGACAGGCCGAGGCAUUUGCUUCCCUGUCAUCAAAUCGUGCGUGUUUGGCUCUGAGGUAAAGUCUGUACACCAGGAGGAUGGCUCCCUGCCACCCCGAGCGGAGCCCACAGAGACCUCUACAGCCCGACAAGUCUUCAAGCUGCUCUUCUGUGCUGCUGGCCUACAGGUCUCCUACCUCACCUGGGGCGUGCUCCAGGAGCGCGUCAUGACAAGAACAUAUGGUGCCACUGAGACAGACCCUGGUGAGAAGUUCAAGGACUCACAGUUCCUGGUGUUCAUGAACCGCAUCCUGGCCUUCACGGUGGCCGGUCUGUACUGCGCCCUGACCAAGCAGCCGCGCCAUGGGGCUCCUAUGUACAAAUACUCCUUUGCCUCCCUCUCCAACAUCCUCAGCAGCUGGUGCCAGUAUGAGGCACUCAAAUAUGUCAGCUUCCCCACCCAAGUGCUGGCCAAGGCCUCCAAAGUGAUCCCAGUGAUGAUGAUGGGCAAACUGGUGUCACGCAAGAGUUACGAGUACUGGGAGUACCUGACGGCUGCCCUCAUUUCCGUGGGGGUCAGCAUGUUCCUGCUCUCCAGCGCUCCCAACAGGCACGUGUCCACCGUCACCACCUUCUCAGGCAUAGUCCUCCUAGCCGGCUACAUCAUCUUUGACAGCUUCACCUCCAACUGGCAGGAUGCCCUCUUCACCUACAAGAUGUCUCCGGUGCAGAUGAUGUUUGGCGUCAACGUCUUCUCCUGCCUGUUCACGGUGGGCUCGCUGCUGGAGCAGGGGGCCCUGCUGGAGUCGCUGCGCUUCAUGGCCCGCCACUCGGAGUUCACAGCCCACGCUGUGCUGCUCUCCGUGUGCUCUGCCUGCGGCCAGCUCUUCAUCUUCUACACCAUCAACCACUUUGGGGCAGCCGUCUUCACCAUCAUCAUGACGCUCCGCCAGGCCUUCGCCAUCCUGCUCUCUUGCCUCAUCUACGGGCACACUGUCACAGUGGUGGGCGGGCUGGGCGUAGCCGUUGUCUUCGUGGCCCUCUUCCUGCGCGUCUAUGCCCGCAGCCGCAUGAAGAAGCGCAGCAAGAAGCUCCCGCCCGGUGAGCCCCCUGUACAGAAGGUCUAAGGAGCCAGGGCCGUGGCAUCGAGGCCGUGCCUGCUGUCCUGCCUCUGGGUGGGAGGACUUGCUUCAUUUCUCAGAACCUGCUGAGGAGCAGGGCAGGGUAUGGAUAGACUGGACCAGUGACUCGCUUUUCCACCUGCUUUGCCUGGGGAAUGGGCUGGAACAAGCCCAGGGCAUAACCGGGGCUGCCCCACCUCCAAACCUUUCCAUUUGCCUUAAAAAGGUCAAAGACUUCCAGCCAAGGCAUGAGCCUGGGGGCUCCCAUCCUGGGGGAGAACUAGCGUGGGGCUGCUAGUGCUCCUGCCCCACCUGUCUGUGGCUUGUCUCCAAAGUCACUGACGAACCACAGGUCUCUUCCCUGGCACUGCCUUGCCUCUGGAUAAUGCUCCUCCACUUCUGCCAGUACUGCAGAGUGUGAGGAGGAAAGGGCAAGCAAAACACUAGCUUUCUUUUUGAAACACUUCCAUGUGAGGCAAGUCCCAAGCUGAGCCUGUCCUGAGGGGCAUGAGUGCUUGUCCCCAGUCCUGAGAGGUGCUCCGGGCAGUAAGGACUCCCAGCCUGCGUGUCCCUGGCCUGGGCUCUGCUGUGGGAGGGCACGCUGCAGUGAAAGCUGCUACCUCCCCCUUUGGUUAAUCAAUUCCUUGCCCCUGCCCCGAGACAUUUUUCUUUGCCAGGCCAAGGCUGAUUUUUUUGCAGAGGCUGGCCAUUGUGGUUCCCAAGACUUGCUGAGUUGUUGUAGGUUGCUUUUUGGUUACAUCCGCUGCUGUCACAGGCCAAAGGCUGUGCUGCCCAGCAGCCCCAGCCUGGCCUCAGGCCAUCUCAGUGCCACAGGUUCUGGGCUUUGUAGUUGCCAUUCAGAGAAGCACAAACAACCCCUCUUCUUCCUGCCAACUGGAGGCCUUGGCCUUGCUUUCCUGGGGCCUGGCCAGAGCCUCCCAGUGCCUGUAGAACUGAGAGAUGGGGCAGAGCUCCACAGGCAGCAGGGAGAGGAGGGAGCAGGCAGCUGUGUCCCAGGCAGCAGGGGAAGGAGCAGGGAAAGCUGCUCUUCCCCCCUCAGCCUGGGUUUUACUGGUUAACCCUUUUCUCCUCAACACAACCUGACUGACAAAGCAGCAGGUUUUGGUACUUUUGAAAGGCAACUUUUUUUCUCUCUUUUUAUUUUAUUAAAUUAAAAACAUGCUGCAUAUAGUGCCCUGGGGCUACUUUUUUGAGAUUUGGGGGUUUUUUUCCACAUACGUGGAAGGAGGAGAGAGACAUCCUAAGCUUUCCUGUGUCUCUGCUCUCUACAGGACAUUAAAGCUGUCUCACCUUUCCAAACA